ACGUACAAUACUUCCAGCUGGUUACUCGCGGCUGACUCGUCGCGACGCGUGCUCAUCCAUCUACACACGUUAUCCAUCACCGAUAAACUUACACCUUUGUCAUCGACAAGCCUCCUCCUACAUUCACAAUCCUCCUGAGACAGAACCGAGACAGAAUCGUUCGCUCACCUUCGCUCUUCUUCGUUUCGUCCAAAUUUGUCACGGAUUAUCUAGUGUCGAACGUAGAGGAGAUUCGACGUCGAUUCACGAGUGUUCUUACAUUAGCUGUUACAUCAUCAACCGUGCGCCGUCUUGUAAUCUCCGCGGACAGUGGAGAAGUCUUGGCGUUGCCCUCGUUUCUCUCGUAAAUUAUCGCGUUUGCUGUUUUACGUGGGAAUUCUCUCUGAUAUCUAAUAAUCGUCCAAUCGUCGUGUGGCAACCAGUUCUGAAAAUAGACUCAUCCAAGUUGAGGGAACAGUGCAUCGACGAGGGAAGAUAAGGAGGAUUUCUUCCUCCAGAUAACCAGAGAAUCUUUUAUUACUCCAGUUUUAUCCAGGUUACGUUCAAUGUGAAGAUCAGUCGAGAAGAGGAAACCAUCCACGGUUGUUAUAACGCAGUUAAUAAUCAAUUGGAAGAAAAAAAAAAAAGAAAGAAACGUUGCAUCGAGAAGAAGAUACGAUGAAUUAUUUUCUACACACGUGCUUCAUUUAUCCAGAGAACGAAGACUCCGUUGGAUAGAAAUUAUCAGUUCGUUCCAGUUCGAUAAUAUCGAGAUAACCGAAGGGGACAGCUUCGAUUUUUUAGUCUCGAUUUCGUACGUUACGCUCUUCUCCUUCUGUUGUCGAGCAAGUAUAGAAAGAAAACACGUCAACCGACUUUUUACUACCAUCGACUCAGCGUUAAUCAGUUUGAACUUUAAACGCUCGUCUAGAUAGCAGUUCAUUUGUUUGUUUCACAAAGCAUCAACUUUAACACAAAGGAUCUUUGUGUGCUUUUCACACCUUCGUGGGCGCCAACUUGAAAAAUGGAAAAUUUGCUUGCCCAGACGACGGGGCAGCAGCGGCUCGACGACGUACCCUCGAGCGUGAAGUCCCACGAGGUGUGGGAGCGAAGCAUCGCGUUCAUCGAGCAGGAACUGCUCCCGGAGAUGGUGCACGAUCGUUGCUUCUGCGAGCCGAGUUCCAGGGAGUUCGUCGAGUUCGACUCGGCCACGAUCCGUCUCGACGAGCUAAGCCGAAGCAGCGAGAUCUACCGCGUCAACAUCGUGGUGAAAUUCUCCGGGGAGCCCAGCAGUUUCCCACUGCUGGUGAAACUGCUGCCCGAGGAUGGGGCCGAGCACAAGUCACCGACGGCGUUCGACGCGUACCAAAACGAGGAGAUGUUCUACUCGAAGAUGACGCGGAGCUACGGGACCGAUUUGGUCCCGAGGUGCUACCUGUCGGACCUGGGUCGCUACGGGAGGCCGGUGAUCGUUCUCGAGGAUCUGGAGGAGGCCGGUUACGCGCAGGUGGACGGCGAGCUGGACGAGGAUCACUUGAAACUGUGCGUGCAAGUUCUCGCCAAGUUUCACGCCAGAGGGCUGCGACUGAGAGCGACCGAACCGCAGAUCUUCCGAGAAUUCCAGGCGAAACUUCUGGAGAUCUCGCUCACCGACGAGGCUAUGUCGCAUUACGAGAAACGAUCAACCAGAAUGCUGGACAUCCUGGGAUCGAUGCCGAACUCGGGCUUCGCGGAGAGGAUAAAACAGAGGUUAAACAAGAGGCCGAUGGAAAUCGUGAAAGGCAUCGCGACGGAGGUGAACGACGUUUCAACAAUAUGCCACGGUCAUUUUUCGCACGAUAAUCUGCUGUUCAAAUACCAGAACGGGAAACCGAUCGACGCGAAGGUGAUCGACUGGCAAACAAUGAGAUAUUGUUCGCCGGCUGUCGAUCUCGGGCCCAUUCUACUGUAUAACGUGACGCGUGAAAACGGGCCGUCGGAGGUGCAGAAAAUUUUGACGUUGUACGUCGACACCGUACGAUCUGAAUAUCCAGAGAUAGACGCCGAACGUUUGAGGGAAGACAUUGUCGGCAAGUUCCUGUUCGCCUGCGUCGUUUUAUCCUUCCUCGAUCACAUCACCGACGACGAACUCACUCGAGUUCUGCUGCUGUUGGAACAGUUGGACGAUCUCGAUUAAACGGAGAAACGUGUAUACUUGUAGUUUCUCCGUUCGUUGGGAAUUUUACGUCAAUUUCAUUUGCCAUCGAUGGAUGGUAGAUCUUUCAAAAGAUGUACAUUUCAUGCAUUAAAAUGUAAUGGUAAUGAAAUAUCCAGAAUUUAUUACUAGACUGGGGAUUUUUUUUGAAUGCAAAUUGAGGAUACAAUUAGAAAGAAUCUCUUAAGGAGAAAAUUGUUUCACGUGCCAAACGUCCAUUGAAUCCAAUUUAUGCAAUGUUACAAGUGCGUAAAGUACGCACAUCGUAAUUGAACUAGGGAUUUUCCAUGUGUUUGUAGGAGACUUCAAGCCUACAAACGUAUUUUUGGUACACGAAAUAAUUUUCUUCCCGAGAGUUUUUCUUAAUUACACUCGUAAAAAUAAAAAUCUGAUGAUACACCUACAGUAGACAAAAUAAAUUUCUAUUUCUACUUUCAUUCUCUUUAGUUACGUUUGUCAAAAUUCAAAAAUGCGUAAAAACCCGCAAUCUGAUAAUUAGGUAUUUAUAUGAAUUUGUACGAUGAAUAUUAAUGAAGGUAUUGGAUUCUUAGUCGGUUUCUCUCCGUUAUGAAAAAUAAUACUAAUCAUUUUACUACAUUACGUGAACGUUGGAAACCGAUAUUCUUCGUCGAAUUAAAUUUCUUCUGUUAAUUAAUUAUUAAACAACCGCGAGACGAUAUUUUUGUGCAAUCUAUUAUAACCAUAAAUAAACUACUAUGUGUACUGAAGCAUAUUGCGCAAAAGUCUUUCAUCAUCUCGGCUACUAGUUUCAUAAUGGUAACUAAAUAUACUCGUGAGAGAAUUUUCACAUAUUAACUAUAUAUAAAAACGAACAACCGAAGGCUUGGACUAAUUUUAUUAAAGAUC